UUGAUUUCCAUGGAUCUUUCUGCCAGCACUGCUCUUCUCUUGACCAUCUCCUGCUGCUUGUGGAGUACCGAAGCCCGAAUGUUUACAGAUGUGCUUUCUGUGCCAAAUGGGGGUUCUUGGGGUGACUGGGGCCCAAAAAUGCCUUGCCCUCAAGGCUAUGCUCAUGGCUUCUCCCUGAAGGUGCAACAAAACCAAGGGACAGGUGACGAUACAGCUCUGAAUGGCAUCCGCUUGUUCUGUAACGAUGGCAAAACAACACUUGAGUCUAAAGUUGGAAAGUGGGGAAAUUGGACAAAGAAACAAUACUGCUACACAGGCUACCUGGUUUCUUUUUCUCUGAGAGUGGAACCACCUCAAGGAAUUCUUGACGAUACAGCAGCUAACAACAUCCAGUUCAAAUGCAGUGAUGGUACUACCAUGGUGGGCUCUGGCACGAUGUGGGGUAAAUUUGGCCCAUGGAGCUGUCGCUGCCCCAAAGGUGGCAUAUGUGGGAUGAGAACAAGGGUGGAGGAUGCACGGCACAUUGGUGAUGACACAGCACUCAAUGAUGCGAAUUUUUACUGCUGUUAA